AUGAAAUUCACAAGAGAUUUCUUUAAUCUGCAUAUAAUAAAAUUCCUACUUAUUGGAUUUAUAAUAAAUAAGAAGCUUAAUCAGAAAAUGAGAGUUAUGCGCUUCUUUUCACAUGCAAAACACAAAAUAUCUGUGAAGAACUCUAUAGUAGAGCUAGACGGGGAUGAAAUGGCAAGAAUCAUGUGGGGAUUAAUUAAAGAAAAAUUGGUAUUCCCAUUUCUUGAUAUUGAUAUCAAAUAUUAUGAUCUGAGUAUCCAAAAUCGAAAUUCUACCGAUGAUCGCAUAACUUUAGAAGCUGCACAAGCAAUUGCUCAGCAUAAGGUAGGCGUUAAAUGUGCUACAAUCACUCCUGAUGAAGAAAGAGUAAAAGAAUUUGGUCUAAAGAAAAUGUGAAAAAGCCCUAAUGGGACUAUUAGAAACUAUUUAAAUGGCACCAUCUUUAGGGAACCAAUAGUAGUGAAUUCAAUACCUCGACCUGUUCCAGGGUGAAUAAAGCCAAUAGUGAUUGCAAGGCACAGCAAUGCUGACCAAUACAGUGCUUCAGAUCAUAAAAUUCCUAAGCCUGGCAAAGUUGAGCUUGUUUACACUCCAGAAGAUGGUUCUCCAAAAGAGAAAUGGCUCGUGUACGACUAUAAAUCUCCAGGCGUAGCAAUGGGAAUGUAUAACACAGAUGCUUCUAUCGCAGAAUUUGCCAGAUCUUGUUUUAUAUUCUCCUUAGAAAAGAACUACAACAUGUUUUUCAGUUCAAAAAAUACGAUUCUUAAAGCAUAUGAUGGAAGAUUCAAAGAUAUAAUGCAAGAAAUCUAUGAAAAUCAUUUUAAAGCUGAAUUCCAAGCUAAAAAUCUCACAUAUGAGCAUAGACUAAUUGAUGAUAUGGUAGCUCAGUGCUUGAAAAGCAAAGGAGGAUUUUUAUGGGCUUGCAAAAAUUAUGAUGGAGAUGUUCAAAGUGAUAUUGUGGCUCAAGGAUUCGGGUCGCUAGGACUAAUGACUAGUGAAUUAAGGACUUCUGGAGAUAUUUGUAUGGCAGAAGCUGCUCAUGGAACUGUUACGAGGCAUUAUAGAGUCCACCAAGCAGGAGGAGAAACAUCGUCUAAUUCUAUAGCCAGCAUUUUUGCGUGGACUAGAGGAAUUCAGCAUAGAGCUAAGCUUGAUAAAAACGAGGAACUUUUAAGAUGGGCAAAUUCAUUAGAAGAAGUUGUGAUUGAAAGAGUAGAAAAAGGAGAAAUGACAAAAGACUUAGCAUUGAUGGUACAUGGGCCAAAUGUGGAAAGAAAGCAUUGGCUAAACACUCAAGACUUUAUUCAGAACAUCGCUGAUCAUUUUGAAAGGAAAUUAAAUAAGUAAGAAUAUCAAUUCAAUUUGGUAAUGCUCGUUUAAAACCUAGAUCUAGUUUAUUUAUAAUAAGAAUCUUGAUGCUUAUAGAAUAAAGCUUCAUAAAAUAAUAAAGUAUAA